GGCUCCCGGCUGUCCCUGCCGGCACGCCGGGGGCUUUGCUCCCGCUGCCUCCCCGCAGCGCCAGGGACUCGCCCCAGCAGAUGGUUGCAGCGUGCGGCAGAGGGAGCGUGUGUUUAAAUUCCAAGAGACGGCGCUGGAUCUGUCCCAGUUCUCCCGGCGGCAUAAAUAUCUGGCCUUCAGCGCAGCCGGGGAACUUGGUGUUGUGUUCUCUUGCAGAUUGCUUCGCUGCUCAGCUCUCCGUGCUGACAUGGUAACGGACCAGGGGCUCGCACCGGCGGGCGGACAGGGACAGCUGCUGCGGAGAGGCUAGCGCAACAGCCUGGGAGCGUCCAUCUCGGCUCGACGCGGAUGAUGCCAGAGCUAUGACAGGGAUUGCAGUCUUGGCACUGAGGGGUGAUCGAUUAUGGAACAACUACAGGAGGAAGUACCUGAGGUCAGGGAAGAGGAGGAGGAAGAGGAAGAGGCAGUGAUGGUGGCCAGCGGAGCCUCAGAGCCAAGUGCAGGACCAGACAGCUCGCUGCCUUCGAGCAGCUACACAGACCUUUCACAGAGCUCCUCUCCCUCCCUGUCGGACCAGCUGCAGAUGGGCUGCGAGGAGGCGGCCUCGGGAGCGCUGAACGUGGAGUGCAGGGUGUGCGGGGACAAAGCCUCGGGGUUUCACUACGGCGUGCACGCCUGCGAGGGCUGCAAGGGCUUCUUCCGCCGGACGAUCCGCAUGAAGCUGGAGUACGAGAAGUGUGAGCGGAGCUGCAAGAUUCAGAAGAAGAACAGGAACAAGUGCCAGUACUGCCGCUUCCAGAAAUGCCUCUCGCUGGGCAUGUCACAUAACGCGAUCCGCUUCGGCCGCAUGCCGGAGGCAGAGAAGAGGAAGCUGGUGGCGGGGCUGACAGCGAGCGAGAUCAGCUGCCAGAACCCACAGGUGGCCGACCUGAAAGCUUUCUCCAAGCACAUCUACAACGCCUACCUGAAAAACUUCAACAUGACCAAAAAGAAGGCGAGAGGUAUCUUGACCGGGAAGGCCAGCAGCACCCCACAGCCUUUUGUGAUCCAUGACAUGGACACCUUGUGGCAAGCGGAGAAGGGGCUGGUGUGGAAGCAGCUGGUGAAUGGGAUUCCCCCCUACAAGGAGAUCGGGGUGCACGUCUUCUACCGCUGCCAGUGCACCACGGUAGAGACCGUGCGGGAGCUCACCGAGUUCGCCAAGAGCAUCCCCAGCUUCGUAGGCCUCUACUUGAACGACCAAGUGACUUUGCUCAAGUACGGGGUGCACGAGGCCAUCUUUGCCAUGCUGGCCUCUAUCAUGAACAAGGAUGGGCUGCUGGUGGCCAACGGGAACGGCUUUGUGACCCGCGAGUUCCUGCGUAGCCUGCGCAAGCCCUUCAACGAGAUCAUGGAGCCCAAAUUCGAGUUUGCCGUGAAGUUCAACGCGCUGGAGCUGGAUGACAGCGACCUGUCUCUGUUUGUGGCUGCCAUUAUCCUGUGCGGAGACCGUCCUGGCCUGAUGAACGUGAAGCAGGUGGAGGAGAUCCAGGACAACAUCCUGCGGGCGCUGGAGUUCCACCUGCAGUCCAACCACCCGGACGCCCAGUACCUCUUCCCCAAGCUGCUGCAGAAGAUGGCCGACCUGCGGCAGCUGGUGACGGAGCACGCCCAGCUGGUGCAGAAGAUCAAGAAGACGGAGACCGAGACCUCUCUGCACCCGCUUCUUCAGGAGAUCUACAAGGACAUGUACUAAGGACCUGUUAUUUAUGAGAACGAAGCCAUGGAUUCCCAGCGGGACUCUUUGUACGAAAAACAAAGAAAACCUUUCCCCGUGUCUUCCGUUUCUUCUACUGGAAACUUUUCCACGCGACCCCACCGUACGGUACACAGGGCAGGACGCCGUAAGAUUUCGCAGCCGCCACCCGGGAGGCCGGGGCUUCCGUUAACACACACUAACAAAUUGAGAGGCAAACCCCACGCUACCGUUUCCGUUACGAUGGCUCUGCUCUUCAGCUGCUCCCCCCCCGGGGCCCCUGGAGCGGCCGGACGGUUCACACGGCGCGGACAGCGGGGUUCCUGCGGCAGCCGGGGCACAGCGGGGUUGCUCUGGUUGUUCAGAGGCCCGAGCGGGGCCAGCAGCAGCACUUCGAGCGUGUCUCGGUUGUCUUUUUUUUUUUUUUUUCGUAUUGCACUCCGAAGAUAUUGGUCCUGAGCCGCGAAGUCUAGGACAGUGUCACGAAAGGAAGUUUCUCUCUUUGCCCAAAGAAAAA